UUUUAAACUGAAAGCCCUAAACUCUCAAAAACCCUUGUAAAAACCCUUGGUUAAGGCGCGGUAAGGACCAAACGACUAGAAACAGAAAUGGGCAAGAAGAAGAAAAGAGCCGAAUCAGAAGCCGAAGCAGAGCAAGAGAACAAAGUCGACACUGUUAAUGGCGAUUCUCAUAAGAAAGACAAGAAGAAGAAGCACAACGUCGACAAAGCCGCGCUGAUACCUACUGUGAGCGUAGCCGUCCCCGGCUCCAUCAUCCACAACGCUCAAUCCCUCGAACUCGCCACCAGAUUGGCUGGUCAGAUUGCUCGUGCCAUGACGAUUUUCCGAAUCGACGAGGUGGUGAUAUUUGACAACAAGAGUGAGUCUGGUUCACCACCAGAAGCUAAUUCGGAUGAGGAUGAAAGUGGUGCUGCUUUUCUUGUACGAAUCUUGAGGUACCUUGAGACACCUCAAUAUUUGAGAAAAGCUCUGUUUCCAAAACAUAACAGCUUAAGAUUUGUGGGUAUGUUGCCUCCACUUGAUGCUCCGCACCAUCUUCGCAAACAUGAAUGGGGUCCGUUUCGGGAAGGUGUCACACUAAAAGAAAGAUCUCCUAACCCUGCGGGAACACUAGUUGAUGUGGGUUUGAGUAAGAAUGUCAACGUUGAUCAAGUACUUGAACCUGGGACGAGAGUUACUGUGGCUAUGGGAGCCAACCGGAAUUUGGAUGCUGAUAUAUCACGCCAGGUUGUUUCAUCUUCCAAGCCUAGGGAAGAAGCAGGAACGUAUUGGGGGUACAAAGUGCGCUAUGCUUCCAAUAUUACUUCAGUAAGGAAUGAAUGCCCAUACAAGGGUGGCUAUGAUCACUCAAUUGGUACCUCAGAGCAUGGUCAGAUUAUUAAUUCCUCUGAUCUCACUAUACCUACCUUCAGGCAUCUAUUGAUUGCUUUUGGUGGACUUGCUGGGUUGGAAGAGAGCAUUGAAGAAGAUAAUAACUUAAAGGCAAAAAAUGUGCGAGAGGUAUUUGAUUUGUAUUUGAACACAUGUCCACAUCAGGGGAGUCGAACAAUUCGAACAGAGGAAGCCAUUUUCAUUUCACUUCAGUAUUUCCAAGAACCAAUCAACAGAGCAUUGCUGAGAGUUUAGCAUUAGAGCUUACUAUUUGCAGGACAUUGAGAAUUUCCACAAUUGGGGUCAAGAUGGGGAAUCUGAUUCUUGAUUUGGCUACUAACAUUUUGAAAGACGGGAUUAGUUACUUUGCGGCAGAUAGAGUAUCCUCUUCUUUUUCGCUAUUUAAUUUUUUCCCCAACUAGUUCGCAAGCUCAACUUUAAGCUGCUUGUUUCAGUGUACAAUAGUCUAGUCUGAGCUGCCAUGUUGGGAAUGACUUUACAAUCCCUUUCUUUUUGGAAGGAAAGUAUGUUCAAAUUGAUGUUGUAAUCCAUGUCAAUAUUGCAGAGCAUAGAUGGUGAGCUUCUGAGCAUGGUCUUAUAUUGUUUUCUUGUUGUAAACGUGUAAAAUACACAAUUAUUUUCAGAGUUGAAAUUAUGGCAUUAUUGUCUUAAAAUUUA